GCACCUCAUUUUAGCAUGCUACUUCUGAAGUGCAUUGAUAAUGCCAAGUUUUAUACAUUGCUUUUUGAUGAGUCUUUGAACAAAGCGACACAGCAGAAGCAGUUGGAUAUACAUAUCCACUUUUGGAACCCAGAUAAGAACAUUGUAGAGACGCGAUACUUAACAUCAGCUUUUCUGGGCCAUUCUGUAGCAGAUGACCUUUUGGCCUGUUUUUAUGCAUCAGUCAAAAAUGUAGACCUUAAGAAAUUAUUGCAGAUUUCUAUGGACGGUCCUGCUGUCAAUUGGAAGUUUUAUAAUAAUAUUCAAGAAGAUUUGUUAAAAGAACAUGGUGUUCAAUGCAAUGCAAUAGGAAGUUGUGGGCUUCAUAUUUUAAAUAACGCAUUCUACAAAGGUGAAUCUGAAACAGAAUGGCUCAUUGGUUCCAUCCUGAGCUCAAUCUUCUAUCUUUUUAAAGAUUCACCCACAAGAAAAGAAGAUUUUAUUAAUCAAUCAACUGAGAACAAAUUACCACUAAAAUUUUGUAACCACCGUUGGCUGGAAAAUGCACCUGCAGCUGAAAGAGCAAUAUUGCUUUGGAAUGAUCUGAAAUCUUAUGUGAAAAAUGUUGGCAAGUUUAGAAAAGUGAAAUGUAAAUCCUUUUUAACUUUACAAGAAGCAAUAAAAGACAAAUUAAUUCUUGUUAAGCUGAACUUUUUCUUAAAUGUGUCGGAGCUAGUUUCACCAUUUUUGAAACUGUAUCAAGCAGAUCGGCCACUUUUACCAUUUUUUGCUGCAGAUAUCCAGGAUUUGGUAUUACAUAGUGUGCAAUUAUAUAACAUUCUGAAGCCAGAAUCUAUAGAAAACUUAAAUUCUCUGGAGAAACUGUGCCAUUUUAAUUUUUGUGAUGAAAAGAAUUAUGUCUCUCUGACAAAAAUCAGUGUAGGUUUUAAAGGUGACCAAAUUUUAAAGCAGUUGGCCUCAAAAGUUAUUUCUGACCGGGAUCAUAUUAAUAUAAAGAAAGAUUGCAGAAAGUUUAUCACCAAAAUGUUAGAAACUUUACUAGAGAAAUGUCCAAUAAACUAUUCUGUUGUAAGAAAUGUUGCUUGCAUCAAUCCAAAAUUAAUGUCAGAAAACAAAAGCAAGUGUGUUCUAAAAAUGAGAAACAUAUUAAAUUACUUAAGUAAAAAAAAGAAAAUUGAGGAAAAAGAUUGUGACAAAAUUAAGCUGCAAUUUGCAUCAUGUAUAGAUUAAUUAUGUAAUUUUUACUUCAUGAAUCAUGAAACACUUUAUUUGUAUAUUUUUAAUAUCAUGUAUAGAUUAAGUAUGUUAUUUUUACUUUACAUCAAGUGCUAAUUUUUUUUUCUUAGUCCUAAAAAAGUGCUAAAAAAGUCCUAAUUUUUUUUUGAAAUAAUUGAGCAAGAACCCUGUCAAAACACACUCUUAAUUAUCCCCUUUUUGACAUAUCUGAUUUGUACUUUUUCAUUGUAAAUAUAAUUAAUGGUUUAAACGUAAUCUUUUUUCAGUUACUGUAAUAGAUUUCAAUUUUUAAUAUCUUUUUUUGAUGCAAUGACAACUAGUUGAUGCGUCGACACGACUAGAAUAAAAAAUUUUCAAUAUGUGUAUUGUUUUAUGCAUUCAUAAAAACGACAGUCUUAUAUUUCUCUCUUUGUUCUACAAAAAGUUGAAAAAAUUAAGUACUAAAAAAGAAAAAAACAUUAAAAAAAGCAAAUACAGAUAAUUUCUUCUUCCAACAAUUACAUGUCUCAUAUAUAUAUGGAAAAGUACUUACUAUUUUACAUGAAAUAAUUCUGAUAUUGUUAAUAUAUGAAAAAUUCAUGUCCUGCACCUGAGUAUUUUUUAUUUGUCACAAUAAUUCUAUUGUUUUAUCUAACGAAUGGCCUGGCCUGUCUACCCUUUUUUAUCACUGUAAAUGUACCGACCUUGCCCAUUUUGUAAAAAUAAGCCGUCAUCCCUUUCGCGCCGAGUUUUUUUUUUUUUUUUUUACAACAGAGCAAUUUUGUUUUCAUAAACUAUGAGUAGGACAACAUUAUGUACUGUAGAGCCACCUAUGUUCUGUAAAUGAAAAUACCUUCAAAAAUAUUGGCAGGACUGGUGGGAAAGUCUCCCCAUUAGACAGGGAAGCAUUUGUAUCCCAAAAGAUUUUUUUGAAAUUUGCUUGGGACAUAUGUGUCCCGUCAGGCGCAAAAUUUUUUUCAGGAAAAGAUUGUUUUCUUCAGUACCUGUUUCAAUGAAAAGUCUGCUUUUGAUUAAUUCAGUUAUUUAUAAUUAUUUGACUUUUAAUUUCAUUUUUUCAUUUAGUAAGAUUUUUCUUAUGUUGUCUAGUUAUAUAG